AUGGUGAUCCCCACAUUAGGUUCUAAGCAAGGUCGUGAUUUGCUCUUCUCCACCUGUUUCAUGCUCAGUGCCAUCAACAUAAUACCCAACUUUAUGGGCAAUAUCAAGAUGAUUCUUCAAGUGAUGCAGUGCAUUGCUCUGACCUCAGCGCAAAGCCUUGUGAACUCAACAAACUUUCUUAAGCAGAUUAAAUUAUCAAUGGAUAAAGAUAUUGCCUAUCUCUUUGACGAAAUCUCAAAGAGCAGUUUGGUUACAAAGUCGAAAGCAGAAUGGCGUGUCAAUUCAGACAUCGAAAUGUUAGCAAUCAAGAACCAUCUACAAGCUAUUGGCAAUGAAAUCCAAGGCAACCUUUCAACAAUUCAGGGCAUAUUUGAUGAGACCACUUUGAAUACCAACAGAGUAUUAGCUGGCUUUGUUUUCUUCUAUCUGUCUCUAACAUCAGCUUGGUAUCUCAAGGGCUAUCUGACAGAUCUGCAGUUCGACAAUGUCUAUAUAACUAGCAGGUUGGCUCAGCUUAUGCAGACAGACAAGGCGAAGCUUAUGCAACUUGGUCGGACUUCCAGUAAAAAGCUAAUCAAAUCCACAGGGUUGAAGAUGUCCCCGGAUGAGAUAGCCAGAUGUAUGAAGCAAUUUGUGAUUUGUACAAUGUUCCUGGCCUUGUCUGCAAUUUUCAUUGCAGCAGAUUUCAUUAUCUUCAACCUGACCUCAAACAUCCUGCUUCGGAUUGCUGUUCUUCCACCUGUACCUAUCACGUUGGAGCUUACAUUUGUUGUAAAUAUGGUGAUUCUAUCAGUUCCAUCACCCCGAUCUCUAAUAAACCAAAAACCUCAAUUCCACUGGGAUUUCAUCUUUGUUUCUGAUGUUUGCACGUUCCACCCAUCUUACCCUAACAUCAAGGUCAUCUGUAUUGUCUGCCUGCUCCACACUAUUGCUUAUAUGACAGUGUUUUUGGAAACCUAUGCUUUACGUAUACGAAGGAAAAUUUCGGCAGCCUUCUUUGAGCAACGAGAAGUCGAAAGGAUCAACUAUUUGCACCAAAAAAUUUUGACAGAUUCAGAACAUCAAUUUGAAAACAAGACUGCAGUCUUCACUGUGUCUGAACAAUGCAAUGUGACCUUCAAAUAGUAAUGCAAAAUAUGACUGCUGUCUACUGGCUGGCUUAGAUUUUUGAGAUGCAUAUUAAAUAUCAGAGGAGUAGAAAUUAAAUUUAAACAUUUGGUGUGAAUAUUAACACUGCUCUUAGGUUAAUGCUAGUCGUUGUCAGUACGAACACCCAUAGUAUUGUAUUGUGUUGAAACACUGUUACUUAUAGUACAGUGCAGAGCAUGGUACAGAAUUGGUACAGAAGAGUUGCACAUAUUAUAAAGUCUGACUUGGCGGUGUUGACAGCACUAAAUUAUAUAUGGAGGUGCUGUCACAAAAUUAUUCUAAUUACACAAGAUGUAAAUCCUAAAAGCAGCCAAAUAAACUUACCACAAGCACGCAAACAAAAUAUUCAGUUUAACUUAUACAAAAGAUUCCUUUUUCACUCCACAAUACUGUAUUCACUACUGGUUGGACUGACCACAUGAAGAAUCGUAAGGUUUCUGAAGAGUCCUAGAAAUGGUCCCACAGCACCAAGCUUUAUUUCUCCUUGCUAAUAAUCUACAAGAAACCACAUUACAUCACAGCAGAGACAUUCCAUCAGGCUCUCGAAAAUAAGUAGUUAACAAGAGAGCUGAUUGAACUUGCUCCUUACAACAUUGAUAAUAUGAUGUCCAAAAUUUAUUUAAUCUUCCCAAUGAGACAACUAUAGAAUUUCCAUGAGUCUCUCCACUGAUUCCUAAAGGCGACAAAGAGUAACAUGCAAUAAGUAACAAUAGAAUAACCACAAUUAUU